GCGAGGGACAGACAGACAGCGUGUGCAGUGGUAGCAGUGGUAGCAGGUGGUAGUAGCAGCAGUCUCCGCUCACAUUUAGUUCUGCUUUUCUGACUUGCCAGCUAGAGAGAGAGAGAGAGAGAGAGAGAGAGAGAGAGAGAGAGAGAGAGAGAGAGAGAGAGAGAGAGAGAGAGAGAGAGAGAGAGAGACGAGCGGUGAAAAAAAUAAGAAAACAAUUUGGAGCCAUUGUCCCUUUGGAGAAAAGGGAGAGACGGGGAAACGAGGGAGCACUGUUAAACGAUAGGAGCAGAGAGAAGGAAAAGCCACAAUGAUUUUGGGAGGUAUAAACCGUACGGGGGCGAUGCCUGCGUUCCUGCGGACCCCCACUCUGAUCCAGCCACACCUGGAUAUGAAGCCCUUCCUCCAGUUCCCCAUGGACACAGCUCCACCACAACACAGCAUGGGCCUGUUUCACAACUUCAACACUAUGGACCCAGUGCAGAAGGCGGUGAUCAACCAUACCUUCGGCAUUCCACUGGUGAAAACCAAGAGGCCCAUCAUCUCUUGUAACGUCUGCCAGAUACGCUUCAACUCUGAGAGCCAGGCAGAAGCCCACUACAAAGGCAACCGCCAUGCACGGAGAGUCAAAGGCAUCGAGACCUCCAAGAGUCGCCCCCAGGAGGGUGACAAGUCAGGCCGACCUGUCUCCCUCACCUCCUCUCCAUCCCUCCCUGGUGAACCCCCUACCUCCACCCCUGACAUCAGCGACCCCUGUAACCCAGGUACCAAACACAAAACUAUCCUGGAGGCUCGCAGUGGGCUGGGUCCUAUCAAGGCAUACCCUCGGCUGGGCCCCAAACCCCCGGGGGAGCUGGGAGGGGGACCACUGGACCCCAACACUGAGGAACGCACCUUCCACUGUGAGAUCUGCAACGUGAGGGUCAACUCUGAACUGCAACUCAAACAGCACAUAUCUAGUCGAAGGCACCGGGAUGGAGUGGCAGGGAAACCUAACCCUCUUCUCAGCCGACAGAAGAAGCACAGGGUAGCUGACCUCACGUCCUCUCUGAACUUCUCUAAGGAUCUCUCCAAAUGUUUGGGGGCAGGGCUCUUGCCCAGUCCCCUGGCUGUUGCUGCAGCGAUGGCCGCAGCCGCUUCCUCGAACCACCAAUUGGCUCAGCUUCGUGCUGCUGCAGCGUCUUCGGCCCAGCACCACCCGCAUCACCACCACCACCACCUAUUACAGGGCCCACCUCUCAGCCAUGCCAUCUUAAGACCCGCCCCCGGGCCCAUGCGCACCUCCCACGUGCCAAUCCUCUUCUCUCCUUACUGACUCCACCUCCUCCACUUCGGCCAGUCAGGAGCAGCCACUACAACAAAGAAACAAAGAAAAAGUUCAAACAUGUCGAUGAGAAGAAAUGAAAGGGAAGAGAGCACCUGAAAGAAGGAGAUGGAGUCCCUCGUUUUCCUUUUUCCCUGGCCUAAAACUCUCCUUCCAUCUCAGAGGCUUGUAACUGUGAGUGAUAGACUGAUGGAGAGAGAAGGAGAGAGAGGGCAAUAGGAGGAGAGAUACUCAGUAUGCAUUGGAUGGACUGCAGUAUGCUUGUUCAUCUCUCACCUCUCUCUCCCCACACACUGUGAGAUCCAUCACACUGAUGGCUCUUUUAAAACACAUAGCACACACACACACACACACACACACACACACACACACACACACACACACACACACACACACACACACACACACACACACACACACACACACACACACACACACACACACACACACACACACACACACACACACACACACCUCCAUUGCAACUAACUUUCAGUACAGUAUGUGAUGGGUAUACAGACUCUUUCCUCAUCCAUCUGGUCUUAAGUGUUCUUACUGUACUAUGCACCUCCAAACCAAGAGAAUAAUGUUACUGCAAUAUGUCAGUACAGAGAGAAUAAUGUUACUGCAGUAUGUCAGAGAGAAUAAUGUUACUGCAGUAUGUCAGUUCAGAGAAUAAGGUUACUGCAGUAUGUCACGAAAGAGAGAAUAAUGUUACGGCGGUAUGUCAGAGAGAAUAAGGUUACUGCAGUAUGUCAGUUCAGAGAGAAUAAUGUUACUGCAGUAUGUCAGCGAGAAUAAUUUUACUGCAGUAUGUCAGUUCAGAAAGACUAAUGUCACUGCAGUAUGUCAGUUCAGAGAGAAUAAUGUCACUGCAGUAUGUCAGUUCAGAGAGAAUAAUGUCACUGCAGUAUGUCAGUUCAGAGAGAAUAAGGUCACUGCAGUGUGUCAGAGAGAAUAAGGUUACUGCAGUAUGUCAGAGAGAAUAAUUUUACUGCAGUAUGUCAGAGAGAAUAAUUUUACUGCAGUAUGUCAGUUCAGAGAGACUAAUGUCACUGCAGUAUGUCAGAGAGAAUAAGGUUACUGCAGUAUGUCAGAGAGAAUAAUUUUACUGCAGUAUGUCAGUUCAGAGAGACUAAUGUCACUGCAGUAUGUCAGAGAGAAUAAUUUUACUGCAGUAUGUCAGCACAGAGAGAAUAAUGUCACUGCAGUAUGUCAGUUCAGAGAGAAUAAUGUCACUGCAGUAUGUCAGUUCAGAGAGAAUAAGGUCACUACAGUAUGUCAGAGAGAAUAAGGUUACUGCAGUAUGUCAGAGAGAAUAAUUUUACUGCAGUAUGUCAGUUCAGAGAGACUAAUGUCACUGCAGUAUGUCAGAGAGAAUAAGGUUACUGCAGUAUGUCAGUUCAGAGAGAAUAAUGUCACUGCAGUAUGUCAGUUCAGAGAGACUAAUGUCACUGCAGUAUGUCAGAGAGAAUAAGGUUACUGCAGUAUGUCAGUUCAGAGAGAAUAAUGUUACUGCAGUAUGUCAGUGAGAAUAAUUUUACUGCAGUAUGUAAGUUCAGAGAGAAUAAGGUCACUGCAGUAUGUCAGAGAGAAUAAGGUUACUGCAGUAUGUCAGCACAGAGAGAAUAAUGUCACUGCAGUAUGUCAGGACAGAGAGAAUAAGGUUACUGCAGUAUGUCAGAGAGAAUAAUGUCACUGCAGUAUGUCAGAGAGAAUAAUGUCACUGCAGUAUGUCAGAGAGAAUAAUGUCACUGCAGUAUGUCAGAGAGAAUAAGGUUACUGCAGUAUGUCAGAGAGAAUAAUGUCACUGCAGUAUGUCAGAGAGAAUAAGGUUACUGCAGUAUGUCAGAGAGAAUAAUGUCACUGCAGUAUGUCAGAGAGAAUAAUGUCACUGCAGUAUGUCAGAGAGAAUAAGGUUACUGCAGUAUGUCAGUACAGAGAGAAUAAUGUCACUGCAGUAUGUCAGCACAGAGAGAAUAAGGUUACUGCAGUAUGUCAGAGAGAAUAAGGUUACUGCAGUAUGUCAGUUCAGAGAGAAUAAUGUCACUGCAGUAUGUCAGAGAGAAUAAUGUCACUGCAGUAUGUCAGUUCAGAGAGAAUAAGGUCACUGCAGUAUGUCAGUUCAGAGAGAAUAAUGUCACUGCAGUAUGUCAGAGAGAAUAAUGUCACUGCAGUAUGUCAGUUCAGAGAGAAUAAUGUCACUGCAGUAUGUCAGAGAGAAUAAUGUCACUGCAGUAUGUCAGAGAGAAUAAUGUCACUGCAGUAUGUCAGAGAGAAUAAUGUCACUGCAGUAUGUCAGAGAGAAUAAUGUCACUGCAGUAUGUCAGUUCAGAGAGAAUAAGGUUACUGCCGUAUGUCAGUUUAGAGAGAAUAACGUCACUGCGGUAUGUCAGAGGUCUUUGCUAUAAUAAUAAAUGUGUCUAGUCAUGUAUAACUGUGGCAAUACUCCACGAUACUGUAAAUUCCCCUUCCUGCUCUUGGGGGCACAAUCAAAGUGAGAAAGCAACAUUGUUCCUCAUUGGUGGUGACCCCUAGGUGGCCCUGGCCCUGGCUGCUUCUCCAAUUGGUUAGAUGUGACCCUAGGUCCUUCUCCCAUUGGCCCUAUAUGUCCUUGUUAGAUUAUUACUGUGGGUGACAACAGGCAGUCUCUUCCCGAUGUGUGAAGCGUGGAGGUCAGGGAGAGGAGAAAAUGACUGCAGGGUACUGUGCCCUCCUGUCGUUCCUGUGGCAGUGCUAGGUGAGAGGAGGGCCAGCGCAGAUCAUUAGCGAUAUUAACCCUAGUUCACAUUGUAGGAAGCCGAGACACGCUGCUGUUUGAAAAUAGACUAACAACAAAGAUGUCUGCAUUGGAAAUGUGUCAACCUCUAUAGGGAUCACAUCUAAUCUCUAUAUGGAUCACAGCUAACCCUCAGCACAGGGUAGAGGAGGAUGUGUCAACCUCUAUAGGGAUCACAUCUAAUCUCUAUAUGGAUCACAGCUAACCCUCAGCACAGGGUAGAGGAGGAUGUGUCAACCUCUAUAGGGAUCACAGCUAACCCUCAGCACAGGGUAGAGGAGGAUGUGCAAACCUCUAUAGGGAUCACAUCUAACCUGUAUAGGGAUCACAGCUAACCCUCAGCACAGGGUAGAGGAGGAUGUGUCAACCUCUAUAGGGAUCACAGCUAACCCCCAGCACAGGGUAGAGGAGGAUGUGCAAACCUCUACAGGGAUCACAUCAAACCUCUAUAGGGAUCACAUCUAACCUCUAUAGGGAUUACAUCUAACCUCUAUAGGGAUCACAUUUAACCUCUAUAGGGAUCACAUCUAACCUCUAUAGGGAUCACAUCUAACCUCUAUAGGGAUCACAUCAAACCUCUAUAGGGAUCACAUCUAACCCUCAGCACAGGGUAGAGGAGGAUGUGUCAACCUCUAUAGGGAUCACAGCUAACCCUCAGCACAGGGUAGAGGAGGAUGUGCAAACCUCUAUAGGGAUCGCAUCUAACCCUCAGCACAGGGUAGAGGAGGAUGUGUCAACCUCUAUAGGGAUCACAGCUAACCCUCAGCACAGGGUAGAGGAGGAUGUGCAAACCUCUACAGGGAUCACAUCAAACCUCUAUAGGGAUCACAUCUAACCUCUAUAGGGAUUACAUCUAACCUCUAUAGGGAUCACAUCUAACCUCUAUAGGGAUUACAUCUAACCUCUAUAGGGAUCACAUCUAACCUCUAUAGGGAUCACAUCUAACCUCUAUAGGGAUCACAUCUAACCUCUAUAGGGAUCACAUCUAACCUCUAUAGGGAUCACCACCAACCUCUAUAGGGAUUACAGCUAACCCUCAGCACAGGGUAGAGGAGGAUGUGUCAACCUCUAUAGGGAUCACAGCUAACCCUCAGCAGAGGGUAGAGGAGGAUGUGCAAACCUCUAUAGGGAUCACAGCUAACCCUCAGCACAGGGUAGAGGAGGAUGUGUCAACCUCUAUAGGGAUUACAGCUAACCUCUAUAGGGAUCACAGCUAACCCUCAGCACAGGGUAGAGGAGGAUGUGUCAACCUCUAUAGGGAUCACAGCUAACCUCUAUAGGGAUCACAGCUAACCCUCAGCACAGGGUAGAGGAGGAUGUGUCAACCUCUAUAGGGAUCACAGCUUCCCUCUAUAGGGAUCACAGCUAACCCUCAGCACAGGGUAGAGGAUGUGUCAACGUCUAUAGGGAUCACAGCUAACCCUCAGCACAGGGUAGAGGAGGAUGUGUCAACCUCUAUAGGGAUCACAGCUAACCUCUAUAGGGAUUACAUCUAACCUCUAUAGGGAUCACAGCUAACCUCUAUAGGGAUUACAUCUAACCUCUAUAGGGAUCACAGCUAACCCUCAGCACAGGGUAGAGGAGGAUGUGUCAACCUGUAUAGGGAUCACAGCUAUCCCUCAGCACAGGGUAGAGGAGGAUGUGUCAACCUGUAUAGGGAUUACAGCUAACCUCUAUAGGGAUCACAGCUAACCCUCAGCACAGGGUAGAGGAGGAUGUGUCAACCUCUAUAGGGAUCACAUCUAACCUCUAUAGGGAUCACAGCUAACCCUCAGCACAGGGUAGAGGAGGAUGUGUCAACCUCUAUAGGGAUCACAGCUAACCUCUAUAGGGAUCACAGCUAACCCUCAGCACAGGGUAGAGGAGGAUGUGUCAACCUCUAUAGGGAUCACAGCUAACCUGUAUAGGGAUCACAGCUAACCCUCAGCACAGGGUAGAGGAGGAUGUGUCAACCUCUAUAGGGAUCACAGCUAACCCUCAGCACAGGGUAGAGGAGGAUGUGUCAACCUCUAUAGGGAUCACAGCUAACCUCUAUAGGGAUCACAGCUAACCCUCAGCACAGGGUAGAGGAGGAUGUGUCAACCUCUAUAGGGAUCACAGCUAACCCUCAGCACAGGGUAGAGGAGCAUGUGUCAACCUCUAUAGGGAUCACAGCUAACCUCUAUAGGGAUCACAGCUAACCUCUAUAGGGAUCACAGCUAACCUCUAUAGGGAUCACAGCUAACCCUCAGCACAGGGUAGAGGAGGAUGUGUCAACCUCUAUAGGGAUCACAGCUAACCUCUAUAGGGAUCACAGCUAACCCUCAGCACAGGGUAGAGGAGGAUGUGUCAACCUCUAUAGGGAUUACAUCUAACCUCUAUAGGGAUCACAUCUAACCUCUAUAGGGAUCACAUCUAACCUCUAUAGGGAUCACAGCUAACCCUCAGCACAGGGUAGAAGAGGAUGUGUCAACCUCUAUAGGGAUCACAGCUAACCUCUAUAGGGAUUACAUCUAACCUCUAUAGGGAUCACAUCUAACCUCUAUAGGGAUCACAUCUAACCUCUAUAGGGAUCACAGCUAACCCUCAGCACAGGGUAGAGGAGGAUGUGUCAACCUCUAUAGGGAUCACAUCUAACCUCUAUAUGGAUCACAGCUAACCCUCAGCACAGGGUAGAGGAGGAUGUGUCAACCUGUAUAGGGAUUACAGCUAACCUCUAUAGGGAUCACAGCUAACCCUCAGCACAGGGUAGAGGAGGAUGUGUCAACCUGUAUAGGGAUCACAGCUAACCUCUAUAGGGAUCACAGCUAACCCUCAGCACAGGGUAGAGGAGGAUGUGUCAACCUGUAUAGGGAUCACAGCUAACCUCUAUAGGGAUCACAGCUAACCCUCAGCACAGGGUAGAGGAGGAUGUGUCAACCUGUAUAGGGAUCACAGCUAACCUCUAUAGGGAUCACAGCUAACCCUCAGCACAGGGUAGAGGAGGAUGUGUCAACCUCUAUAGGGAUCACAGCUAACCUCUAUAGGGAUCACAGCUAACCCGCAGCACAGGGUAGAGGAGGAGGUGUCAACCUGUAUAGGGAUCACAGCUAACCUCUAUAGGGAUCACAGCUAACCUCUAUAGGGAUUACAGCUAACCUCUAUAGGGAUCACAUCUAACCCUCAGCACAGGGUAGAGGAGGAUGUGUCAACCUGUAUAGGGAUCACAGCUAACCCUCAGCACAGGGUAGAGGAGAGAACAAGCAGAGGAGGAGAUGCCAAUUUGUAAGUCGCUCUGGAUAAGAGCGUCUGCUAAAUGACUUAAAUGUAAAUGUAAAUGUAGAGAGAGAGAAAACACUGAAGUGACAACCACCCAGUAGUUCCAGCAUAGCAAGGUCACACAUUUUUGUUUCACCUUUAUUUAACCAGGUAGGCUAGUUGAGAACAAGUUCUCAUUUGAUACAUACUGUAUUUAGGGCAGAAAAACCCUGCCCAGCACCUUGUUUAUUUUGGAUUCCCCCCUUCCUGUUUUAAAACAGAAAGCCAUGCAAUGCAUAUUAUUUUACCAUGACUGAUCAAUAAUGUUGUUCGCUUGGUUUCCUGGUUGGUUUAUUUUCAUAGUUACACAAUUAUACAAGAAGAAACUAGUGAUGUACAAAUUAUGGAGAAAACAAACAAUUGAUAUGUUUCUAUCUAGGAGGGAAUGGCUGCUAACUGCACUCAGGGAGAAGGGUGGAGGAGAGAAGACUAGAGAUGAGGAGGCUGGGAGAGAAAAGGGUGGGAGAGAGAAGGGUGAAAGAGAGAAGGCUAGGAGAGAGUAGGCUGGAGGAGAGAAGGCUGGAGGAGAGAAGGCUGGGAGAGAGAAGGGUGGAGGAGAGAAGGCUAGAAGAGAGAAGGCUGGAAGAGAGAAGGCUGGAAGAGAGAAGGGUGGGAGAGAGAAGGGUGGAUUAUUUAGGAGGGGAUAUACUGAGUGCAGAGACUGGAACUGCGCUGCCCACCUAGGCUAACUGCACUGACGAGGAGUUGAGUGGAGAACCAAAGGAAGAGGAGCCCUGCUGAACACUGUUUUAACACUAUAGUACUGAGCUGUGAAAAGGCACAAAACAGAGGAAAACACUCCAAAACAGAUGAACAGGGGGAGGUACCACCUGAAUUUGCAUUUGUUUUCUGUUACAAAACGUUUUGAAACUUUCUGCCCCAAUGAACACGACCCUAACAAAGAUAUACACUACCCUUCCAUGGAGAAGCAAUGUGCUCUAAUGUCUUACCUCUGUUCGGAUAUGGCGAUGCAAUGAGCAAUUUGAGAGGAGAGCGUUAGCGUGUUAUUGUUAAGCGUAAAAAAUGUGUUUUUUACAUUACAGGGAUAUGUACAGUUCAAAUUGAUUUGGUUAGGAGUUCUUCCUAAUCACAGAUGACCUCACCAGGUAAAACUCUGGGUCUUUUAGUGCUGUCAAGACAACUGGGAACUCUGGGUAAAAAUCAUGACGUCAGUGAUCUUCAGGUCGGAAGGUUGGCGCUCUAGAAAGAGAACUGAGUUCCUGACUUGGAAUUGCGAGUUGGAUGACAAUUAUUUUCCUCAUUCCCAGUUAUCUUGAAGUGCACUGAAGUCAGAAGUCUAAGAGUUCCCAGUUUCCAUUUGUUUUUGAACGUGGCAUUAAGUGUAACGUAAUGCAUUUCGUCCUGGUCAGGUCACAUGGUCAGGAUUAACUUCCUGGCCCUAUUCAGUAAACGGAAAAUGUGCCUGAAAAUGUUCCUUUUAUGUUCUUCCAGAGAGAAGGAGGCCUUCAGAGGGUAUUAUAGUAGAGAGCCCCAAUACUAAAUGGACUCCUAGACCCUACAUCCUUUGUAUGCAUUUGUAGAGAUCUCAGCGAAUUGGACACAUGUAAGUAUAUGGUAAAAAUGCCAUCUAGUCAAUCAGUCGGCCAGAUGGUUCUCCUACCACACUGCGUAUCUAGUCAUCUAAGAUUUCCACAAGCGCCUAUGUUUUAGGCGUCCAUUUGGGACCGGGGAGUAGGACAAUGAAAAAGCGGGGCUUAGGGACCAUCCCUUCAUAUUAAAGAGCCCUAAUUUAAAUGGUAAUAAUGGCUGUUGUCCUAUUCGCUACCCUUCUCCUAAAGUGUGCAAUUGUACACUCCCUAACAUGGAUUUAACAGGAAUUGGCUGGUGUAAGAAGCAUGGUGGAAACUUGCUUGUACCAAUCCAAUCCUUAUAAGUGCAUAAGAGGGAGUGUACACUCAGUAAAGGGUACAGAAUCGGAAUUAAACCAAUCUCUGCUUGGGGAACAGGGUACGUACACGCCAGGUAGCGAGCUGGGAUCAAAGUUUAUCUGACGAGUCGUAGUUUAGUUUGGACUUUUUGUGUUUUUGUUGCAUUGUUUCAUUUUAAUGUGUGAGAAAUAUGUUUGAGUAUUGAGUAAUAUAUCCUGAUAUGACAGAAUAUAUGAUUAUAUCAAUGCCAUCACUUAACAGCUGACUGAGUCAGUUUAUCCAACACUUCUCUUUUGAAUAAAUUGAUCUUAAUCCUGAUCUUGAUCUUAAACUUGAUCUUGAUUUGGUGGGGAUGAUUUGUAGUGUACUAGGAUCAGUGCUCUUGUUCCUGUUGUUGUGUAUCUGAAAUGGUACCCUAUUUCCUACAUGUAUAUAGUGCACUAAGCCCAUAGGGCUCUGGUUAAAAGUAGUGCACUAUAUAGGGAAUAGGGUACAAUUUCAGAUGCAGACUAUGUAAUAUUGUGCGAGUUGAGACCUCUUCUCCCCAUUCCCUACCAAUCAGAGACCAGAGAAGCCCUGGCUGGAACAGAAGUGGCCUAUCACGAUACAAGAGAGAAACCUUAACACAGACAGGGUGGCCUACCACAAUAGAAGAGACAAACCUUAACCCGCCCAUGCAGGCUCUAACAUUAGAGAUUUAAGCUUUUUCAACCUAAUUUCAACAAACAAACGAUCCAACCGAUUGAUUUUAAGUGUUCGAUUCUGCCACUGUUAGAUUCAUAAUGUAGAAAUACACAUGCUCAUAUCAUAGUCACCCCAAAUGGUACAUACAUCCUGAUUCAUUAUUCAAACUGUUAAAACAUUUAACGUUAGAUCUAUUCACGAGACCUAUUUUCUGGGCAGGUGUCCUGGUAACUGUGUGUAUGCAGUUAGCCUUAUUCCAUUCUUCUUAUCUCCAGAGGCAAAGAAUGUGCAUCCCAAAUGGCACCAUAUUGCUAAUUUACUGCCCUGGGCAAAAGUAGUGCACUACAUAGGGAACAGGGUGCCAUUUGGAAUUCAUUAUAGCAGUGCACUAUAUAGGGAAUAGGGUGCCGUGUGGGAUGUACUGAAAGUAGUGGACUAUAUAGGGAAUAGGAUUCCAUUUGGAAUGCAUUAAAGUAGUGCACUACAUAGGGAAUAGGGUGAAAUUUGGGAUGCAUACAGAGAAAGCUAUAGAUAGAGACACUGGUGAAACCUUUUCAUGUGGAAUUAGAGCAAUACCCAACUCAUACUGGCUAAUCUUGUUCAUUGCAAUAACACAAAUCAACCAAUAAAAUAUGUAUGUGAGUUCAAUAUUACAAAUGUCAUUUAAAAUAAAGAUUUACUUUGUGAAAAUGCUA